AUGGAUCGCCAAGCUAGUGCGCGAAUCGACCUGGAGUGUAUGCUGUUGGAUGAAACCAAAGAGCCGAGGGCUCUACCGCUGCCACUCCUCGAAGACAUCACAAAGAGUUUCUCCGCUGACCAUGAAAUUGGACGUGGCGGAUUCGCGGUGGUUUAUCAGGGAAUCCUUGACAAUGGCAUGGUCGCUGUGAAGAAGCUGUCCAACACGUAUUUGUAUGAGAAUAAAUUCCAGACGGAGAUUCAAUGUCUGAUGAAGGUGAAGCACAGAAAUGUUGUACGAUUUUUAGGAUAUUGCUGCGACACACAAGGUCAAGUAGCCACGCAUGAAGGAAAUUUUGUCAUGGCUGACAUACAAGAAAGAUUACUCUGCUUUGAGUUUCUACCCAAGGGGGAUCUUUCCAACUAUAUCUCCGGUAGGGCCACAAUUUUUUUCCUUGCUAAAGAUUAUUUGGUUCAUGAACAUUCAUACACAGUUUUACAUUCCAUGUCAUGUACUAACUACAGUUUGAAUAUCAAGGACUUCAUUCCAGAUACUAAACCACCUUUCUUGUGUCCAAUUUAUGUAGAUGCGUCCAGUGGACUUGAAUGGAGAGACCGCUACAAAAUAAUAAAAGGAAUCUGCCAAGGAUUGGAUUACCUUCACAGAAAUGAUAUUGUUCACCUUGAUCUUAAGCCGGCAAAUAUCCUCAUGGAUGCUAAAAUGGUGCCGAAAAUUGGUGACUUUGGCCUAUCGAGGUGCUUUCAGGAAGAGCAAACCCGCACUAUUGCUACAACAUUUGCUGGAAGCCUUGGAUAUCUAGCACCAGAAUUCGGCGACCGCAUAAUUACACAUAAAUAUGACUUGUACAGUCUUGGAGUAAUAAUCACAGAGAUACUGACCGGACGAAAAGGUUAUAGUGAUGUUGAUGAAGUACUUGAAAGUUGGAGCAAUAGGUUGGAGAAAUCACAGAGACAACAAGUAAGAGUAUGCACCGAGAUAGCAUUACAGUGCACUGAACGCAGUCCUAAGAGAAGGCCAACUAGUACGCAAUAUGUAGUUGAUAGGCUUACUGAAACAGAAAGCACGGGAACAAUGGAUCUACUUGACGUCUACCUUGUCGAGCUUCACUUCCCUGUCGAACCCGACACAGAUGAACAUGCAGUAUUCAGGCUUAUGAAGAAGAGCACCAAGCCUUGGCGUUGCUUCGCAAGUCUCCCAGUAUAUGGAAUUGUACCUCCCAAGUCCACUACUUACACUCUCGUUGUUACAGCACAACAACAAGAGACGCUACCAGAAGAAACGGAGUGCGAUCUGAUCCUGCAGAGUAGUCUAUCAGGGGAUAAAAGCAUCCCUACUUUGAGGGACCAAUCUAAGUAUGACAAGUUUUUCGACGAAGCUAAAGAGUCAGGGAAUGCAGUGUGUGAGGUGAUGCUGAAAACUGUUUUUGCUUCGCAAGGACCGACAACAUCAGAGCCGACAAUCUCAAGAAGACUAAAGGAUCAAUGGAUCAUAUCCCUGAAGAAUACUCAUGGCAUGCUGUGCUCCCUUGAUGCACAGACCACCGAGCCAUGUUCACACACAUUAUUUUUGGCGAUUACUGAAGUUUAUUGUCAUCGAAGAAGGGUGAUGUUUUUCCUUUUGGUGAUACCGGAUGUUCAUUCUGUUAAGGUUAUCUCAAGAAAGAAAUGGUUUGUGGCUGGGACAUCUGAUGGUGUGAUCCAUGUGUACAAUUACGACAACAAAAUACAAAAACUCAGGAGUUUCAGAGCCGCCAGUGAUUGCUUCAUCACAUCAAUGGCCGUCCAUCCAACCCAUCCAUAUGUAUUGUCAUCGGCUCAUCGUGAUAUGAAGCUCUGGGACUGGGACAACGGCUGGGACUGCACACAAUCAUUCGUGCAGGAACAUUCCGAUACUAUACAGCAAGUCGCAUUUAACCCAGUGGACUCCAAUAUCUUUGCAAGUGCUUCAGAUGAUCACACAGUAAAGGUUUGGAGCAUCGAUUCUCCUGAAUCAAAAUAUACUUUGUCUGGGCAUCAGGACAAAGUGAACUGUCUCAAUUUCUUCACAUGUAAUGAUCGACAAUAUUUGAUUACUGGCUCUGAUGACCACACAGCUAAGAUAUGGGACAUGGAGGAAAAGGCUUGUGUUCAUACGAUACAAGCUUUCGUGUCUCCAGUAAUUUCUGUCAUGGCCUUUCCCGAUAGCUCAUAUCUAAUUACAGGUUCAAGAGAUGGCUCUGUUCAUUUCUGGAGCUCCAGUGAAUUCAGGCUGGAGAGAAUCGUUAACUUUGGCUCUGGUGGAGCUAUUUGGGGUCUCGGAUGUUUCAUGGGGUCAAGAAGGAUUGUAAUCGGACAAGAGUACACAGUGUCAAUCAUGGCCAUCGACAAUGAAGAUGAACCAUUUGCUAGUGAGGACAGCAAUGAAAACCCCAUAUGA